UUGUUUUUUUGAAUUUUGCAGCUACAGCGGAAGGAAACUGGAUUAGGAGCGUUUUGGGGAAGGCUAUAGGGACGACUUGUCAUCCCCAUAUCUUUCUACGACUUAAAUUAGGAGAAAAACCUCCUUUGUUUCGUUCACGCACACUCAAUCAUUAGUCUCUAUCUCUCUCUCUCUCACUCUCGAUCGGAGAUUCUCCCUUCCCUAAUUUCGACCAUUAUCUUCUCCUCUGGCGACUUCCUCACCUCCCACUCCCCGUGCAUCUUCUUCCUCUCUCCAUGGAUUCUCAUGCUAGUUGUCUAACACCACCAUUAGGCUCAACAAUGUCGAUUAGUUUCAACGCCACCGAUUCUGACUAUCGGCAUCCUUUUCACAUCCAGUUACAAUUACUAUUGAAUACCAACCCUACACCGGCUACCAGGUUAUUGUAUGUUCAAAUGGUUUAUUUCGGAAGCUUAUCUUACACCAUACCAAAAAUCAAGGAAUGGAGAUGCAAUGGCAAAGGUUAUGUGGCUUAUCGCAAUUUUAUUACCAGGCUGGAGAAUCGAAUGAAGUUGCAGCCACCUAGCCACCUGAGUAGUCCUGGAACCAGACAUGAUCCAGAAAUAGAUGCCGUAUCAUUAUGGGGAGGGUUGACUGCACUGAAGAAGUUGACCUGUGUAGAAGACCAAAAUAUUCGUUUGAGUGCAGUCUAUGGUGGCAGCUACAUGCUCAACAAACCAGAAUGCAAGGUAGAGUUUGAAGAUGGGAAAGCAAUUGGUGUUACAACAGAAGGAGAAACUGCAAAAUGCAAAAAAGUAGUAUGUGAUCCCUCAUAUUUACCCGAUAAGGUAAAAGCAGUUGGAAAAGUAGCACGUGCUAUUUGCAUCGUGAGUCACCCCAUCCCACACACUAAUGAUGCUCAUUCAACCCAAGUCAUCCUACCCCAAAAACAACUAGGCCGCAAAUCUGACAUGUAUUUGUUUUGCUGUUCAUAUUCUCACAAUGUAGUACCGAAGGGAAAGUUCAUUGCCUUUGUGACAACAGAAGCGGAAACAGAUAAUCCAGAAACAGUAUUCAAUUUUAGCACAGGAAGAUUAACAGAUAAAAUAGUUUUGGACAACAAGGUCAAUUUAAUUUUUGUGGGGAUUCACAUGUCUGAAGAUGGUGAUGCAAACAAGUAAACAUGGCUACACAAUCAGUUUUCUUGAUAUUGUAU